AUGAAGUCACUAGUUUUCUAUGUAGUCGGUUCUUCCCUGCAAGUCUCUUUGGAACUCCGAAUCACCGCAUUAAUAAGCCACGAACUGGUGACACUACGAAUAGAUGACAAAUGGUUGCACAUUAAUGAGGAAACAAUACGAAAUCAUCCUGGAGGAGCUGUUAUACGACAAUAUGCGAAUUCAGAUGCUACUCAAAUAUUCCAGGCAUUUCAUGAGGGAUCAAAGAAGGCAUUCAAGCAAUUAGAAGUAAUUUUCUAUUAUUUGUCAAACUAUUUUUCAAGGAGUUCCGCAGAUUUUGCAAGUUAA